AAAUAAUUUCUUCUUCUAUCCUAUCCUAUCCUAUCCUAUCCCAUUGCAUUCAAUUCUAGUAUCCUUGUCAGAAAAUCAAGCUGCUGACUGUCAGCUGAUCUAAUUUAUAAUAAUAAUACCACCUCUGCAAAUGGCACAGAAGGUCACGUGGCGAAUUCCAGUGUAUUGCCCACUGAGUGACAAAGGCUAAUGCAACCCACUGCUUGACAGCGAUAUUCCUUAUAUUCCUCAUUACAUGGUGAGGCACUAAAGGGUGCUUGGUCUCUUGAACGUCAUUAAAUACUUUUAUUCCACUUCAUUUUAUCUCAUCCAGUGAGCGAUCGUCUUCCACUCUGCAAUUUUCCGUCUGAGAUCAUGGCUUUCAAGAUACCCAUUCGACAACUCUUUAUAGACGGGGAGUGGAGAGCGCCCAUCAAAGGAAAUCGCUUCCCCGUUAUCAAUCCUGCUACUGAAGAAACAAUAGGUGAAAUACCAUCUGCAACUGUAGAGGAUGUUGAAGUUGCAGUCAAGGCUGCACGCACUGCUUUUACAAGAAACAGAGGAAAGUACUGGGCCCGGACAUCAGGAGCCUUCCGUGCAAAAUAUUUGCGUGCUAUAGCUGCAAAGGUAACUGAGAGAAAGUCAGAGUUAGCUGAGCUGGAGGUUCUUGACUGUGGAAAGCCACUAGAUGAAGCAGCAUGGGAUAUGGAUGACGUUGCUGGAUGUUUUGAGUAUUAUGCUGGUCUUGCUGAGGCUUUGGAUAGUAAACAACGUGCUCCAGUUUCCCUUCCCAUGGAGGCCUUUAAGAGUCAUGUCUUGAAGGAACCAAUUGGAGUUGUAGGAUUGAUCACUCCUUGGAAUUAUCCUCUUUUAAUGGCAACAUGGAAGGUUGCUCCGGCCCUUGCAGCAGGAUGCACUGCUAUACUAAAGCCUUCAGAGCUUUCAUCUGUAACAUGUUUGGAGUUGGCUUCUAUAUGCAAGGAAGUAGGGCUUCCUCCUGGGGUGCUGAACGUUAUUACUGGGCUGGGUCGUGAAGCUGGUGCGCCAUUGGCAGCACAUCCAGAUGUGGACAAGGUUGCAUUUACUGGAAGUACUGCGACAGGUAGAUCAGUCAUGACUGCUGCAGCCCAAGUUAUAAAGCCAGUAUCUUUGGAGCUCGGUGGGAAAAGCCCCAUUAUUGUGUUUGAGGAUGUAGACAUUGAUAAAGCGGUAGAAUGGACAAUGUUUGGCUGUUUUUGGACAAAUGGACAAAUCUGUAGUGCAACAUCACGCCUUCUAGUCCAGGAGAGUAUUGCAAAGGAGUUCAUUGAAAAACUUGUGAAUUGGACUAAAAACAUCAAAAUAUGCGACCCGUUGGAAAAAGAUUGCCGUCUGGGACCUGUUGUUAGUGAAGGACAGUACAAGAAAAUUUUUGGGCUCAUCUCUGCGGCAAAAGAUGAAGGAGCUACUGUACUUUGUGGAGGCAAGCAUCCGGAACACUUGAAGAAAGGGUAUUAUAUUGAACCGACAGUUUUAAGUGUGAAUCCAUCAAUGCGAAUUUGGAAGGAGGAGGUUUUUGGACCAGUGUUAUGUUUCACCACUUUUAAAACUGAAGAUGAAGCCAUAGAUCUUGCAAAUGAUACAGAGUAUGGCUUAGGUGGUGCUGUUCUCUCCAAGGAUGCUGACCUGUGCCAGCGUGUUACAGAGUCUUUGCAGGCAGGCAUCAUAUGGGUUAAUUGCUCACAACCAUGCUUUUGUCAAGCACCUUGGGGAGGGAACAAACGCAGUGGCUUUGGUAGAGAACUUGGAGAAUGGGGACUUGAAAACUACAUGAUUGUGAAACAAGUGACAGAAUAUGUUUCGAAUGAUCCUUGGGGAUGGUAUCCAUCACCUUCGAGGCUGUGAAUUAUUAACUUUUGAAAAGUGUAUUGAAUAAGAACCAUUAUAAUGCCCAUUUACAUAUCUGAUGAUAAAAAUAAAGAAUGUAGAAAAAGCUUCUAGUAUUUGGAAGGUUAUAGAUAAACUGUCUUCGCUCUCAGCAAACCCCUUAUUUGACAUGCUAGAAAAGAAGUUUGUGAUAUAAGUCUAGUGAUAUUGAACCCAAGUAAUGAUGGAAACUUUAAUUUUGGAAUACAAUUAAAUGAUUAAUCAUAUUAUAUGUUUUACUUCUA